AUGUUAUCAACGAAAGUAAAAAUCAAAGAUAAUGGUAGUAAAUACCACCAAGCAAUAUUUCCAUCACUUAAAAAAUGGUCUGAUGAUAAAGAUAAACGGAUAAAGAUAAAGAUACGAGUAAGUUUACCCGGAGGCGGAGCUCGCCUCUUCCGGCCCCGAGCCCGUGGCGCCCCGAGGAGGACCAGGCGGCGCUGGGCGAGGAGGACCCGGCGGCGCUGGGCGAGGAGGACCAGGCGGCGAGGAGGACUGGGCGAGGAGGACCAGGCGCGCUGGGAGGAGGACCAGGCGGCGCUGGGCGAGGAGGACCAGGCGGCGCUGGCGAGGAGGACCAGGCGGCGCUGGGCGAGGAGGACCAGGCGGCGCUGGGCGAGGAGGACUGGGCGAGGAGGACCAGGCGGCGCUGGGCGAGGAGGACCCGGCGGCGCUGGGCGAGGAGGACCAGGCGGCGCUGGGCGAGGAGGACCAGGCGGCGCUGGGCGAGGAGGACCAGGCGGCGCUGGGCGAGGAGGACCAGGCGGCGCGGGCGAGGAGGACCAGGCGGCGCUGGGCGAGGAGGACCGGCGCUGGCGAGGAGGACAGGCGCUGGCGAGGAGGACCAGGCGGCGCUGGGCGAGGUGGGCGAGGAGACCAGGCGGCGCUGGGCGAGGAGGACCAGGCGGCGCUGGCGAGGAGGACCGGCGCUGGGCGAGGAGACCAGGCGGCGCUUGGCGGCUGGGCGAGGAGGAUGGGCGAGGAGGACCAGGCGGCGCUGGGCGAGGAGGACCAGGCGGCGCUGGGCGAGGAGGACCAGGCGGCGCUGGGCGAGAGGACCAGGCGGCGCUGGGCGAGGAGGACCAGGCGGCGCUGGGCGAUGGGCGAGGAGGACCAGGCGGCGCUGGCGAGGAGGACCAGGCGGCGCUGGGCGAGGAGGACCAGGCGGCGCUGGGCGAGGAGGACAGGCGGCGCUGGGCGAGGAGGACCAGGCGGCGCUGGGAGGAUGGCGACCAGGCGGCGCUGGGCGAUGGGCGAGGAGGACCAGGCGGCGACGGACGAAAAAAGACAUAUGACGAGAAGGAAAACGUUGAUCGAUUGCCAGAGAUAAGAUCUCCCGCCGCCUCCGGAUAA